AUGACACAAAACGAAAGCGGCUUACAGCGCUUCCUCUCGCUACGCAGAGGCGCAAAAGCUACCCAAACAACACUUCCAACCGUGCCAGAACAGCAGAUCGAAGCACAGAUGGACCCCUCGCAAUGUCAGUCGUCGUUUGAAUCCUUUCCCAAGAUUCCUGAUCAGCUGGUAUCUGGCCCCAAACCUCCGACGUCGUCGGCAGACCCAGUCUUCCAAUCGUCCCUGAGGCGCGCCCCAUCAGCUGCCCAAAAGUCUCUGAACUCAAUACUGACAAGGUCUGACUCAGUUCGCAGUAUGCGGGCCGCAGCAACAGCAGCCUCAUCUGCAACUUCACGCCCAAAGACGACACUCACGAUGGAAACUGUCCCGAUAUCCCCUGUUCUUGUGCCAGGUCGUCCCAGCGGGUACGUCUACAACAUCGAGAACACUCCGCCCGAGUCGCCUGCCAGCAACGAUUCGCCAGACAAGAGCACCAGCUAUGGUGACUUCUUCCAGUCUGUCGUGUCGUUAGGUCGAGCAAAGACUCCUAUUUCUAUUCGCGAGGCUAUUCGCGAGGAAGUGCGCGAUGCGGCAGGUGCACGCACAAUUCAACCUACAAACGUGAUUAUGGCUCGUCACGCAAGCCACCGACUGUCCACCACACCAAGCGGCCAGCCAAAUGUCAGCCAUCGCACUUCUGUGAUGAUCAAGCGAGCACGGAAAGCCGUCGAGACUCCUCCGAAGCUGCGAUCGACCAUGCGGCAGCAGGCUGCGAACCCGGGUCUGGCGCUGGACGUAAUGGACUUGGAUGAGAGUGAGGAUGAUACGACUCCCGAGAUCAUGGUCACCGCUCCCACGCCUACUGGACCCGCCGAGGUACCCCCGAAGUGUGACUACACAGGUAAGAAUCCCUCCUGGGCUGACAUGAUGGAUGAGGAUGAGGACAAUGAUGUCUUUGAACUUGCUCCUCCCUCAGCCGAAACAUCAUCGGUAGAGGAGAAUACGCUUUCUGAUGCGAGCAAACGUAAGCUUGACAACGCUUUCGACGAGACUGAGCUGACCACAUGCCCUCGCAAGCGUGCAAGGACAGCCGGCAAGCGCAUGCGAGAGGUAUUAUCUCGUGGCAUCAGCCGACGGUUGCCAGGCCCUCCAGCACCCACCUUCCCUACCCUACCCACCGAGAUCCGCCAACAAAUCAUCUCCGAAACCGUCCCAUCACACCUCCUACUCUGCACCCAAUCCACCAAGACACACGACGACGGUAGCCUGUACCUAGCAACCAGAUGGUUCGACGAGAUCGGCGACGACAAGUGGUUGCCCGGCCUGCUGACCGUGAACAAGGAAUUCCAUGCUAUCGUCGCCGAGAUUCUUCCGGAGCGUCGUCGAGUCGUUCAUCCGGGGAUGCUGGAGCGGUUUGGUGAUGAAGAGUUGAGGGGAAUGGAUGAGGGUACGCUUGAUGAUGAGUAUAUUAAGGCGUUGUUGCUGGAGGUGCGUCUGCGGGAGAGAGGUCAAGAUCGUCCAUCAGCAGAGGGAAGUCAGGAAACUGUCGUCUUACACACCGCACGCUUGCAUAGAAGGUAA